GUCAGCACUGCCACUUGGCCUUAUCCCACACUCCACCAGCCAAUCCCCAAGGUACUUCUGCUGCACAUGCAAUGUACGGACGAAUCAGAGUCACGUCCCUGGGUAAUCACCGUCAUUCGUGCACAAGGGUAUCAGCCUUUGCGUCCUGAAAAGUCUUGGAGACCAAUCGUUUCUAUAGUGGUAGACCAGUACCAGCGUUAUGAAGUGAACCUAGGAUGCGACGGACAGAACCCAAAUCUCAGGGAACGUUUCAUGAUAAAGCAAGGCGCAGACGGCCGUACCCUAGUGGACUUCAAUGUUCAUUAUCAAGCGUCGAACAAGAAGAAACGCAAGAAGCAGCAUUUAGUUGCAAAGACUUCCUUGUCGCUUCAGGCUCUAUCUAAGUUAAAGGGUACUGAAAAUUCUUUCAAAAUACCGUUGAGUCCUGUAGCACAGCCCUCUUUGCGUGGGUUGGCUCGAGGAAGAACAGUUUCAGUAUCCCUUGUUGUUAAGCUUGAAAUCCCCGAGACUCGGGCGGAAAUCCACGCAUUAGAAAAUUUGUUGAUAUCAGAAGACCAAUACGACGAUGACAUUAAGUCACUUGGGCGAUCUUCACCAACGUUUGAAUCGGAAUCAGAAUCAGAUGGGACAUGUAACUUUUCUUGUUCGAGUCGUGCCAUAACUCCUCCAGUCCCACCUGAAUUCUCCGAUAUACGGAUCCGUCGAGGAUACACCUCGGACACCGAUGAUGACCGCCCACUUGACGAGCAUGUCAAAUGCAUUAACGACAGUUAUGACAGCUUUUCAUUUACAGACAAUACCAACUCGAGUGCCGUGGUCGAUAUUGUUCCCCUCGCGCCUUCCCUUUUACCCAGUUACACAGAGCAAAUAUCUGUGGACAAUUCGUUGUCAUUUAUCGAUGCCCUUGUAGACUCUUUUUCGUCUUAUGCUGAACUUCGAGAGGCUUGCAGUGACUCUGAGUACGAACGUAUCUUGGAAAAACUCACGUCUGAAUGGUAUUUUGUGGGUGCAUCGUUGGUCGCUCUUGCCGGGCUUGACGCGGCUGUGUUCGGUUUUUCGUCCAGCUCGUUAUUCCCUGUCAACAGUUUCGCCCAAGGCUCAAUAGCUCUAGGAAGCGUCGCUUCAGGCAUCGGUAUCGCAAUCGAUGGCUGGUUCUUAUUGGUGUAUAGUGGAGCAAACGCCAAAAGAUUUCAGAAAUUUGCUCGUGACGUAUACGGCAAAUAUCUGUUCUUUUGCAUAUCAUCGCGUCUUCCUGCUGUAUGUAUGUUCGUGUCAGCAUGUGCCUUAAUGGCCUUUUUGCUUGCAGUUGCAUGGUCCGCUUGGCCGACUGCCGUGUUGGCCAUGUGUUUUAUUGCUGGCGUCCUGAUUAGCCUCCAGUUCAUCAUAUACGGGUUACACUGCGCGGUAAUUUGUAUGGGUGAGAUUUUUAGGAGAACGCGCAGAGUAUCGAUGUUGUGUGUAAGGAGGUCGUCGAACGAUGUCUUGGAGCAUAAUGUUUCCAAAAAAUAGUGAUUUAUGGUGGACGAUCAUCUUGCUAGCAUCUGUACUACUAUGGACCUGAAUAACUUAAUAAUUUAUUUUUGUGUUUCGGUUCAACUAAAAUAGCAG